UUUCUCACCCUAAUAUCCCGACGCAGACAGACAAGAGUAAACUAGCUAGGGUCAUCGGUGAUCAGAGCACCCUUUUCUUCACCGCAUAAAAGAGCAGGGAAAAUGUAUCAUUGUAGGGGAGUACUGAUGGCUGGCGGUAGGCGCAGCGAUUCUGGUUCUCGGUACCAUCAUGAUGAUCCUCAUCGUCGAAGCCAAACUUCCCAACACGACCGCGGUCAGCAGGCCCGAGUGCGUUGGGGACAAAAGAUACGACAGCAACGUCGGACAUCUCAUGGACUUCUUCGUGGACGAAACCAAGAACAUGUUCAGGAAACCCAACGCCGACGACUACGUCAUGUAUCACAGCUACCCGAAUCGCGACUGCGCUGGCUCGGUUACCGGUGUCGCCACUUGCUACCGAAAGGUGGACUGCUGGUCGUGUCUCGUCAGUGCUAAGGGCAAAAUCAACUCAUGUUGCCACCACCCUGUCGGCGCUACGGUCGAACUCCGCGACUGUUCCAUCACGUUCAAGGAGCUCAGUUAACUUUCGAUGUGUUGCUUACUACUAUACAUUAUUACUACUAUUAUUAUUCUUGCUGCUAUAUAUACGUAACUUUCGAUUUCCUGAUUAAUAUAUAAUAUUAUUCACU